AUGGCUCCCGAUCACAAGGCCUGCCUGAUCGUGAUUGACGGCUGGGGUAUUCCCACGGAUGAAUCGCCCAAGAAUGGCGAUGCUAUUGCCGCCGCUGAGACGCCCGUCAUGGAUGCGUUCUCUAAAAGCACCACCGGUUUUACCGAGCUCGAGGCUUCGUCGCUUGCCGUUGGUCUCCCCGAGGGCCUGAUGGGGAACUCCGAAGUCGGCCAUCUCAACAUUGGCGCCGGCCGUGUCGUGUGGCAGGACGUCGUCCGCAUUGACCAAACCGUCAAGAAGGGCGAGCUGGGCCAAAAUGAGGUUAUCAAGAAGGUCUUGGAGGCAUCCAAGAGUGGGAACGGGCGCCUACACCUCUGUGGCCUCGUUUCCCACGGUGGCGUGCACGCAAAACAAACGCACUUGUACGCGCUCCUCCGCGCUGCCAAGGCGGCCGGCGUACCCAAGGUCUUCAUUCACUUCUUCGGCGAUGGUCGCGAUACGGACCCGAAGUCCGGUGCUGCAUACAUGGAGGAGCUGCAGUCUACAAUCCAGGAAAUUGGCAUUGGUCAGAUCGCCACCGUCGUCGGCCGGUACUACGCCAUGGACCGCGACAAGAGGUGGGAGCGAAACGAGAUUGCUCUUAAGGGCUUGAUCCUCGGCGAAGGCGAGAAGAGCGACGACCCGGUCAAGACCGUCAAAGAGCGCUACAAGAACGGGGAAACGGACGAGUUUCUUAAGCCCAUCAUCGUCGGUGGCGACGAGGGCCGUAUCAAAGACGGUGACAACGUCUUUUUCUUCAACUACCGUUCUGACCGUGUUCGGCAAAUCACCCAGCUCUUAGGCGAUGUCGACCGCUCUCCGAGGCCCGAUUUCCCCUACCCUAAGAUCAACCUGGUGACCAUGACCCAGUACAAGCUUGACUACCCGUUUGAGAUUGCCUUCAAACCCCAGCACAUGGGCAACGUGCUCGCUGAGUGGCUUGGUAAGCAGAACGUCGAGCAGGUCCACGUUGCUGAGACCGAGAAAUACGCCCACGUCACCUUCUUCUUCAACGGCGGCGUGGAGAAGGUCUUCCCUCUCGAAACGCGUGAUGAGUCGCAGGACUUGGUGCCCUCGAACAAGAGCGUGGCGACCUACGAUAAGGCCCCUGAGAUGAGUGCCGACGGUGUUGCCGACCAAGUUUGCAAGCGUUUGUCGGAACAAAAAUUCCCCUUCGUCAUGAACAACUUCGCCCCCCCGGACAUGGUUGGUCAUACCGGCGUGUACGAAGCUGCCAUUGUGGGCUGCACAGCCACCGACAAAGCCAUUGGCAAGAUCUACGAGGGCUGCAAGAAAGAUGGCUACAUUCUCUUUAUCACCGCCGACCACGGCAACGCCGAGGAGAUGAAGUUUUCCGACGGUAAGCCCAAGACGUCGCAUACCACGAACAAGGUCCCCUUCAUCAUGGCGAACGCCCCAGAGGGUUGGAGCUUAAAGAAGGAGGGUGGCGUUCUGGGUGACGUGGCCCCCACUGUCCUUACUGCCAUGGGGCUACCCGUGCCAGAGGAGAUGACGGGUUCGAACCUGUUGACCAGGUCGUAA